UAACAUUACAGGUAAUCCUCAAAACAAAUCGCAAAGUUCUCUGCUAUUUCAGGACAAAACUGACCUUGACCCUGUCGGCUGCAAUGAACAGACGAUGUUGACAGAGGUCAGCGGGUCAAAGUUGUCGUGCGCUAUGUCUUGCAUGUUCAUUGAAGCGUGCGUGCUUUUCUCAUAUGUCAGUGGCUCCAAUACCUGCUCACUGUGUCACGGUGACAUGAUACAGAAUCUGACUUACAACGCAUGGAAAACCUUCACCUGGGCAUUCGUCAUUCUAGAGAAUUAUCAGCCAUCAACCAUCAGCACAUUUUACUCACAAUCAAAAUUUAUCCAUGGCAGUCUUUCACUCGGCACCAUAAUACACCUCUGCAUUUACCUUUUUCCAAAUAAGCCACCAUAUUUCUCGAUUGACCUUAAGGAGAAUGAGACCACUGGAGAUUACCCGUUGUCAUUAUUAGUUAACCAUGGCCAAAUCUCUUUGUAUUCCGUCAAGGGGUCAGUGAUGACCAAUUCCACCUAUGUCCACUUGGGAUCUGGCUCACUUUUAGCGGGAACUACACAUGUGGUUGAUAUCCUGGUUACAGCUGAAGGAUUUCGAGUUUACAUGGACAGAACUUACUGCUGUUUGUACAGACAUCUGAUGCCGUAUAAGGUAGCAAAAUAUUUGUGGAUCCAUGGAUAUAUCCAAGUUAUGGAACUCACGCUUUGAAACAGAUUUUCUCUCAAUGGAUUGUCGCCCUAAAAAUUAUUUUCUUAUUGUGUUAGGUUUAUUGCUAAGUACAAGUGUAGGUCAUAUUUAGUUAUGUACAGGCUACAAAAGUAGGUCACGUUGAUUUACGAAUGUAAAUAUAGGUAAGUUUUUUUUUAAGAAUACAAAUGUAGGUCAUGUUUAGUAUAAAAUACAAAAGUAGGUCAUGUUUACUUUACAAAACCAAAAAUGUAGGUCAUGUUUACUUUACGAAUACUAAUGUAGGCUAUAAUUAAUGAAGGAUACAAAUGUAGGUCAUGUCUUUUUUAUGAUCACAUAAGUAGGUCAUGUUUUAGUUAAUACAUGUAAAUGCUGUUUAA